UAUUGCCUUAUCAGUUGUAGGUCUUAAGUUGUGCUCCUGGGAAAACUAAUAAAAUACUUUAAGCAAAUAGCAACUUGUUUAUAGCAAAUCUGGGAAACCUUUAUUAUUUAUUUAUUUAUUUUUGUGACUGUUGAUUACUUGAUUUUCAUGGUUUAUAGCUUGCUUCUUGAUUAUGGUCUUCUUUUUAAUGUAAAAUAUUGGAUUCGUUUCAGUUUUGUUUGUUCAGUGUGAAUUUUUGCCAUAUGCUAGGGUUUCUCUGGGGGUGUUAAAGAAAGUGUCCCCACAUGUCCACCAAAUCCUUCUCAAUUCACUGGAAUUUAAAAUCCCAGUUUCCAAACACCUGUUUUCUCCCUUUUGCUCGCCGGUGCUCUUUGAAUGCUUUCCCCUUGUCAUUCUUUCACUGCCCAAGAAUCCAUUCUCCGAAGCCAUACCUUCCUCAACCUCCCUUGGUCCAAUCCAAUCCCUAUAACCAGACUCCACAUGAUCUAACACAAGCCCGAGAAUCCAUUUCUGAGUACCUCCAAGAACUGGGGCUUUCUUUGGAGGAUUCCAUUUCUAUAUCUUCUAAUUCCCCGAAAUACGUGCAAAUGCUGGUGGAUGGUGUCAAGGAACUGGAGGAAUGGAAUGCUUGGAAUGAUAGUAAUGGUGAAGGGGAUAGUUUGGGGUUUAAGGAAAUGAUCAUUUAUAUGGCGAAGGAGAAGGGUGAUAAUGGAAAAGUUGCCUUUUUGGAAAGUGUAGGUUUGCCUCUCUCUUCUGCCAUGAGCGUUGCUCGUUAUUUGUCCUCAGAAUCACUUCCCAGUAUUAUUCGUAAGGUUAAGUAUAUGAAGGAAAAUAUAUUUUCUGCCGGUGAUGAUAAAGGGGGGCUUAGUGGGAAAAAUGCUCGCCGAAUGAUGAUGCACUUGUCAAUUUCUUCUGAUGAAGAUGUGCAACAAACCUUAUCCUUCUUUGAGAAGAUUGAAGCAAGGCGUGGAGGUUUAGAGAUAUUGGGUUUGGUAGAUGCAACUUUUAGAUUUCUGUUGGAAUCAUUUCCACGUCUUUUAUUGUUACCAGUGGAGUCCCAUUUGGAACCUAUGGUUGAAUUUCUUGAAAAUAUCGGAGUUCCAAGGAGAUCUAUGGGAAAUGUAUUUUUGUUGUUUCCUCCCAUCUUGUUUUACAAGAUUCAGGGCAUUAAAUCAAAAUUUUUGACUUUCGAGAAGGUUGGUGCAGCAUAUAAAGAUAUUGGGAAAAUGUUGCUAAAAUAUCCAUGGAUACUAUCAACAAGUAUUCAAGAAAAUUAUGAGCAGAUCCUUUUGUUUUUUGAGGAAGAAAAGAUACCAAAAACAAGUGUUGACCGGGCAAUUAGAAGCUGGCCUCAUUUAUUGGGUUGUUCUACAAGCAAGCUAAAGUUAAUGGUGGAUCAAUUUGGUGAAUUAGGUAUUAGAAACAAGAAAUUUGGCCGGGUUAUUGCCAAAAGUCCCCAGCUGCUAUUAAAGAAACCUCAAGAAUUUCUCCAGGUGGUUCUAUUUUUUGAAGAACUUGGUCUUGCUCAGGAAACUGUGGGGAAGCUAGUUUCUCGCUGUCCAGAAGUCUUUGCUGCCAACAUCGAUACAACUUUGAAGAAAAAGGUUGAGCUUCUUGCAGAAUUUGGUAUUUCCAAUGACCACCUUCCUCGCGUCAUCAAAAAGUAUCCAGAGGUUCUUGUUUCUGAUGUGAACAAAACUUUACUUCCUCGGAUCAAUUAUUUGAUGGAGAUGGGGCUGUCUAGGAGGGAAAUUGCUUUGAUGAUCCGUAGGUUUCCUCCAUUACUAGGAUACAGCAUUAAGGAGGUAUUAAAACCGAAACUCAAUUUCCUUUUAAACACCAUUGGAAAGCCUGUGAAGGAUGUGGUGGGGUAUCCUAGGUACUUUAGUUAUUCAUUGGAAAAGAAAAUAAAACCCAGGUUCUGGGUCCUUAAGGGAAAGAAUAUUGAAUGUAGCUUAGAAGUAAUGUUAGGGAAAAAUGAUGAAGAGUUUGCUGCUGAGUUUAUGGGUGUUGGAAGAAUGCUUGUUUCUCCAUCCGCCACUUUUCAAUGAAUUGUUGUAACAUUAAAGUGAUAAUAGGCAAUCUUUGUAAAUGCUUUAUUUAUAGGCAAUCUCUUUGACACA